GUAUAUUUUGUCGAUAAAUCCGCGGUCACACUGAACAUUACAAAUUGUACAAAUAAUUAAAAAUAAAUACAACGAAAUGGAAGUUGUGAGCGAACUGGUGCAGUUUAUGCAGCCCAACCAACGGCUGGACCUCAAGGCGGUGGCGCUGACACACGUGCUGGGUCUCACGGGCAGUGCCGAGGGAAAAGCGGCAAUACUCUCGCUGGACGAGCUGCUGAUGGCCAUCUUCGGGCUGACAUUCGACGAAAACCACACGGUGGCCAAGGAUGCAGUGCUCAGCCUUAUCAAUCUCACGGCAGAGGAGGAGUGCGCCACCAAAGUGUUUAAUCUGGCCAAACGAAUCGAGCCUCCCUUUGCCAUUGUGGAGGUGGCUGCCACACAAAUUGGCGACGAGCAGUCGCCGCUAGCAGAUCCCUGGAGCAUGGUGCUCAGCAAUCUGACACGCGUGGAGAGCCUCGUACACGAAAUACUCGACAUACUGGAGCGGGGCGAGCAGACGCUGCCACGGCUGGCCAAAGCCUUUGCCCAGCUGGAUUUCAACAAGAAGAAGGCGCGUCUCCACUACCUGGCGCCCAUCUUUUGCAACCUGACGCAGGUGCCGCGCGGCCGGGAGCUGUGCUGCCAUGCGCGCUACCAGCUGUUGGAGAAGCUGCUGCCCUUCGCCUCGUACGAGGAGAACGUGGUGCGUCGCGGCGGCACCAUUGGCAUCCUGAAGAACGUUUGCUUCGAUGCUGUGUACCACAGCGUGAUACUCGGCGAAGAUGACAACAUAUUGGUGGCCAUUCUGCAGCCGCUGUGCGGCCCCGAAGAGUUUAGCGACGAGGACAACGAAAUGCUGCCCAUUGAGCUUCAGUACCUGCCCGAAAGCAAAAGACGUGAAACGGAUCCAGAUCUGAGGAAGAUGCUUCUGGAAUGCCUCCUCCAGUUGUGCUCCACGCGGCGCAGUCGGGAGAUUCUGCGUGCCAAGGGCGUCUAUGAAAUACUGCGCGAAUACCACAAGUGGGAGGCGCGAGUGGGCCUCGACCGUGACUGUCUGCUGGCCUGCGAAAAUGUCGUGGACAUUUUGAUCAAAAAAGAGGAAGAAAUCGGUCUGGAUGACUACAAAAGCGUUGAGGUGCCCACCGAUCAUGCCGAGAAGUUUGUGCAGGAAGACGCCGACUAUGUUAAGAGUCUUUUAGAUUAACAAACUCCCAGUGCCCCCUCCCAACCCCACCUUUUUUGACUGUAAAUACGCGUAGUGUAAGUUAAACUCAUAGACGGUAUUGAAUUUUCAAUAUAUGUAUGCGGUUUUUAUUCAGAAAUGCUGUU